GAGCUGCCGCGGCGGGUACACCUUGCGCAGUCACGGUAACUCAGCCUCAAUCCCUGGAAGCUGACACUGCCUCGAGCAACAUUACGAUACCAUGCACUUUUUCCACGGAAGGGUGCCACGGCUCCUCUCCUACAGUCCUCUGGUUCCGGUACCUGGCCCACGCCCACGAAGAUCUGUGCAUGCCGAAAUGUACACAGAGCAAGAAGUUCCAAGCCACCAGCGCAGUGCUGGAGAAGCGGGCUUCCCUUACAAUCAACAACGCCAACAUAGAGGACAGUGCCAUUUACUUCUGUGGGGUUGCGUUUGCCAAUUCAGGCGACCCCCUCUCCAAGCAGACCGGGGAAGGAACCGUGUUAACGAUACGAGGUGGGUGGCUAUUUUGGAUCUGGGCGCUCAUCACCAUCCUAAACCCCUUAUGGCAAGAAUCGGCAUUGCUCUUUUUCCCUCCCAAGCGUGCCUCUCCUCGGCUGUUCUUUGUCCCACCCACCCCCGACACCGCCGCCAUCUUCAAUGGCACAAAAAACCUCAGCCUCACCUUCCACAGCUACCCGAAUAGCCCAGACUAG